CGGCAUAGUAUGGUGUGGCUUGUUAUUUUAUGAAUUGUUCCUAUUAUUUACAGUGCCGAAUCCCCGUACUCUACAAAUAAUCCGGAACCUCAAACCAGUUAAUGAAGAUAUUACACAAUGUGAAAUACCAACGCCUUCAACUUCCAAACAAUUCCCUGAAAAGGAUCAGUUAAUUUUGUCUCCCAAGCAUAAAGGUAAUAUAGAUUUAUCUAAUGUCAGUAAAGACUUUUGCUCAGAUGAUAGUUUGAAGGAUCCUGAUUAUGUAGAUAUUGAUACUUCCCGAUCUAGAAAGAGGUCUCUUUUGAGAAAUGAGCGCCAAGUUUUUAAUAAUUUUAUAAGUGAAAUAGAUUGUAAUGAAAAACAAUGUGACAAUUUUAGUAACGAUGUUUCCAUCAUAAGCCAAACAAGAUCCCCAAUAGCUAUGCCGAUAGCCCCCAUGCAAACAGAAUCUAGAAGAAGUUCAAGCGAUGGAUCUAGUUCAUCAGAUUCCGAGAGUUCCAACGAUGAAUUGAAUAAUGAAUGUGUAACGGCAGUUAAUGAUUCGAUUGAGCCAGUAGCUUCAACAUCACGUUCUACAGCUAAUACACCUCUUUCUACUUUGGGACUUACUUCUAAUACUAAUCCUAUACAAAGUCUUGAUUGUGAAGACAAUAACAGCUCAAAUAAAGGACGAAAACGAAAAUCUACACCCAAUACCUGGAUUCGUAACAAGGCGAAAAUCCUAAGAAACUCUGGAUCUUUAGCAACGAAUUCAAUAUUGCCUUUUUCCAACCGAAAAAGGAUCAAUGUGAGGAUUGUACAUCAUACAGUAAUGCCACAGAAAACGAUAAGGAAGAACUAAAGGAGAAGUUUGAUAUUCAUUUAAAAGAGAAAGAUUUGUCACGGCAAAAUAAAGAAGAUGACAAGAAAUUUACUCCUGACCGCUAUUUAACCCUUUUUAAGGCAGAGGCGAUAUAUUUACCACCAACAAAAACUUUGUUUAUCUUUUUAUGUUAGUUAUCAAAGGAGUCCUAAUUUGUUGCACUGGCAACUAAGGAGGUCUGGUUUAAUAUUUUAAAAAAAAAAGAAAAAACGUUUGUGUGACAUUUUUUGUUUUUGGCGCCACUAGCUGUCAAAAAUUGCGGUAAUUUGGAAAGAAAAUUUGUUACUCCGUGAAUCUUUAUAUUUUUUAUUUGAAAAGAGGUAAGAAACUGUUUUUUUAUUAUGUAUUUAUGUUUAUUCUACAAGUUGUUUUCUAUAUCUUACAAGUUACUAUCGUAUUUAGAUGUGAGAAGACUUUUUACUGGGUGGGAAAAAUAUUCCCGCUGCCCGCGGAGUGUUAUGUACAGUUGUUGAACUAGUUCCUUCUUUUCUCAGAUUUUUAUGAAAGAUGCCGCGCUAUUUGAAUGAAAAUGAUAUUGGGCAGAUGCUGGACAUACCCGAUGAUGGCUCAGAAGACGGAUUUGAGUCUGAUGAGGCAGAAGAGUUCAAUGUGAAUACAAUACAACGGUUACUUGAAGCACCUGAUGAUUCAAGUGACCUUUUACAAAAUUC